AUGCACCUGACACUCAUCAAUGCUUACGCCCCCACCGCGACCUACACUCUGAGGCAGAGAGAACUGUUUUAUCAGAACCUCACCAAAGUGCUACGGUCAGUUCCUAAAGACGAUAAGCUGCUAAUACUUGGGGACUUCAAUGCCCGUGUAGACAGAGAUGCCCAGUCUUGGCCAGAUGUCAUCGGGCCACAUGCCAUCGGACAUGAGAAUACCAACGGUCAACUGCUACUCACCUUCUGCACUGAACAGAGACUCACCAUCACCAAUACUCUAUACAGACGCCAGAAAGCUGAUGUUAAAAAGAAGCUGGACGUCCAGAAACUCAAUGAACCAAAAAUAAAAGAGACCCUCAUUGCCAACCUUGCGAACCAGCUUGAACAUCUGCCAGCAGAGGGAAACCUUGAAAAGGCCUGGGCCAACUUCUGGGAUGCAGUGUAUGACUCUGCCAGCCUUACCCUUGGCCACACAAAACGGAAACACCAAGACUGGUUUGACAACAAGGAGAUCACCACCUUCCUCCAGGAGAAGAAAGAAGCCUUCACAGCCUGGCUCAACGACAAAGACUCCCAAGCCAAGCACGAGAGCCUCAAGAACAUCAGAGGAAAGAUGCAGACUGAGCUGCGACAGAUGAAAGACAAGUGGUGGGAAAACAAGGCUGCAGAACUACAGCGGCAUGCAGACGAGCACAACUCCAAGAAGUUCUUUGCCGGCCUGAAAGACGUGUAUGGCCCCACGUUAAAUGCAAUGGCACCUGUGCGCUCUGCCGAUGGAACCCUGCUUACUGAGAAGAGCGACAUCAUACAGCGCUGGAGUGAACACGUCAGUCAGCUGCUAAACAGACCAUCCCAGAUUGACCAGCAUGCCAUCUAA